UACCCCGCCGGUGCCCGCUGCGAGCGAGGCGGGCGGCACGGGCCGCACUGGUCCGGGAGGGCGGUGGCACCCGGGGCUGGGCGGCUGUCCCCACGCUUGCUCUGACAAAAGAGUUUUGAGUUGGUCUUUUGGCCGAGCCUGCCCAGGAAGGCAGGCUCCUGCAGGAGUCUUGGAGGGUCGGAUGCGGCGCCGGAUGAGGAUGAGGCGUGGCGGAAGAUGCGUUUGGCUCUGCAGACACUGCAUCGGGCAGCAGGGGACUCUGGGAGGCUGGUGCAGCCAGAAGGCAUGGCUCUUGACAGCCUUCUAGUAGAAUCUCUGGAAUUGUGCAUGGCAGAAGAGGAAAGAAACUAACGGGUAUUGAGCACCUACUGUGUGCCAGGCCCAGGCCAGGUCUCCCCCACCUCCAGCCAGUCUGUGCAGACUUGCUGCCUGCUGUGUCAUCGCGAGCGCAAAGGUUGGGAAGAAGGCCCUUCUCAGAAUGGACUGGUGUUGCAGGGUGAGAAGCUACCCCCUGACUUCAUGCCAAAGCUCGUCAAGAAUCUCCUAGGCGAGAUGCCUCUGUGGGUCUGCCAGAGUUGCCGAAAGAGCAUGGAAGAAGAUGAGAGGCAGACAGGUCGCGAACACGCAGUGGCGAUUUCCUUGUCACACACGUCCUGCAAAGCACAGUCUUGUGGGGGUGACUCGCAUUCGUCCUCGUCUUCCUCUUCAUCAUCCCCGUCCUCCUCCUCCUCUUCCUGCCAUGGGAACUCAGGAGACUGGGAUCCCAGCUCAUUCCUGUCAGCACAUAAGCUCUCGGGCCUCUGGAACUCCCCGCACUCCAGUGGGGCCGUGCCAGGCAGCUCACUCGGGAGUCCUCCUGCCAUCCCCGGUGAGGCGUUCCCCAUCUUGGAGCACCACCAGCACUCAGACCUCACCGCACCCCCCAACAGCCCCACCGGCCACCACCCCCAGCCAGCAUCUCUGGUCCCGUCUCACCCCAGUUCCUUUGGCUCCCCGCCCCCCCCACACCUGCUGCCCACCGCCCUGGCAGCACCCUUCCCUGCCCAGGCUUCAGAGUGCCCUGUCGCUGCCGCUGCUGCCCCCCACACGCCAGGGUUGUGCCAGAGCCCCCAUCUGCCCUCCACCAGCAUGCCGCUUCUGAAGAUGCCUCCACCAUUCUCGGGGUGCAACCACCCCUGCAGUGGGCACUGCAGUGGGCACUGCAGCGGGCCUCUCCUCCCGCCCCCGAGCUCUCAACCACUCCCUAGCACUCACAGGGACCCUGGGUGCAAGGGGCACAAGUUUGCACACAGCGGCCUGGCCUGCCAGCUGCCCCAGCCCUGCGAGGCUGACGAGGGGCUGGGCGAGGAGGAGGACAGCAGCUCCGAGCGCAGCUCCUGCACCUCGUCCUCUGCCCACCAGCGAGAUGGGAAGUUCUGUGACUGCUGCUACUGUGAGUUCUUCGGCCACAAUGCGCCACCCGCUGCCCCGACGAGUCGGAAUUAUACCGAGAUCCGGGAGAAGCUCCGCUCGAGGCUGACCAGGCGGAAAGAGGAGCUGCCCGUGAAGGGGGGCGCCCUGGGCGGGAUCCCUGGGGAGCCCGCCGUGGACCACCGAGAUGUGGAUGAGCUGCUGGAAUUCAUCAACAGCACGGAGCCCAAAGUCCCCAACAGCGCCAGGGCCGCCAAGCGGGCCCGGCACAAGCUGAAAAAGAAGGAAAAGGAGAAGGCCCAGUUGGCAGCAGAAGCUCUGAAGCAGGUGCAUCGUGUCUCAGGCAGCCGCGAACCAAGGCCUGCCAGGGAGGGGCUCUUGGAGUGGCCUGACCGGGAACUGGAUCGGGUCAACAGCUUUCUGAGCAGCCGUCUCCAGGAGAUCAAGAACACUGUCAAGGACUCCAUCCGUGCCAGCUUCAGUGUGUGUGAGCUCAGCAUGGACAGCAAUGGCUUCUCUAAAGAGGGGGCUGUGGAACCAGAGCUCCAGAGUCUGCCCCCCUCAAACCUCAGCAGCGCCUCAGAGCAGCGGCCUGACAUCAAUCUUGACCUGUCCCCUUUGACUUUGGGUUCCCCCCAGAACCACACAUUACAAGCGCCAGGCGAGCCAGCCGCACCAUGGGCAGAAGCGAGAGGCUCCCGUCCACCGUGGACAGAGGUGAGGGGCCCUCCUCCUGGGAUCAUCCCCGAGAACGGGCUCGUGAGAAGACUCAACACCGUGCCCAACCUGUCCCGGGUGAUCUGGGUCAAGACACCUAAGCCGGGCAACCCCAGCUCCGAGGAGCCAAGCUCAAAGGAGGUGCCCAGUUGCAAGCCGGAGCUGCCUGAGCCAGGGGCCUCCAGUGCAAAGCCGCGGAAAGGCAAGAGACAGGGCAGUCAGGCCAAGAAGCGCGAGGUGAGCCCAGCUCCCCGGCCCCUGGCCAGCCUAGAGGCUCCUAGUGCCAAGAGCCAGACCCUUGGCCCCAAGCAGCCAGGCAAGGUCCCAGAGCCUCCCAAAGUGGGCAGCUGUGCUGAGGCUGGAGAGGGGAGCUGGGGGAACCAGCCAGGUCCAGGUUGGGCUGGCAGCCCCAAAACUGAGAAGGAGAAGGGCAGCUCCUGGCGAAGCUGGCCCGGUGAGGCCAAGGCACAGCCCCCGGACCCGGAGUCUGUGCAGCCCCCAGGCCCAGCAAGGCCACAGAGCCUGCCCCAGGGCAAGGGCCGCAGCCGCCGGAGCCGCAACAAGCAGGAGAAGCCGGCCUCCUCCUUGGACGAUGUGUUCCUGCCCAAGGACAUGGACGGGGUGGAGAUGGAUGAGACUGACCGAGAGGUGGAGUACUUUAAGAGGUUCUGCUUGGAUUCUGCAAAGCAAACUCGCCAGAAGGUUGCUGUGAACUGGACCAACUUCAGCCUCAAGAAAACCACGCCCAGCACAGCUCAGUGAGGUUCUGCCCCGGUUGAGUUUCUUCAGGGCUGAGGCCCCGACUGCCAGCUGAAGGCCCACAGCUCCUCCUUCCGUGUGCCCACCUGCCCAGGACCCUCCCUACUCCCUGCCGUCCCGGACCAACCAAAAGCUGAACGGAUGCUGCACCGUGCUGGGCCCCUGACCUCAGCAGAGCCGCUUCCUGGUGCUACGCAGCCUCCACACUCAGAGCCCGCAGACAGGGCUGGCCCGUGGGCCGAGGCUGAUGGUACUGCUGGCCCAACACUGCUCUUUGUGUUUGGUUUUUUGGUUUUGUUUUGUUUGUUUUUGUUUUCGUUUUCCAAUUCUUUACUUUUGAUACUGUGAAGAUCUUUCAUGCGAAAGAUAAAGCAACAUUUGGACACAGA